UUCCACUUUUUGUAAAUGAUUUACAGGUAUCACUAUAUUUUCUUCUGUUACAGUGAAAAAGUGCUUGCAAAGAGGCUCAUCUUCCCCCUGAAUAUAGCACUCUACAAAGAUGAGCAGUUCUUAGGUUUUGGCUCAGAUGAAGAAGUCAGAGUACGAAGUCCCACAAGGUCUCCUUCAGUUAAAACUAGUCCUCGAAAACCUCGCGGGAGACCUAGAAGUGGCUCUGACCGAAAUUCAGCUAUCCUCUCAGAUCCAUCUGUAUUUUCCCCUCUAAGUAAAUCAGAGAGCAAAUCUGGAGAUAAGAUCAAGAAGAAAGAUUCUAAAAGUUUAGAGAAAAAGAGAGGAAGACCUCCUACCUUCCCUGGAGUAAAAAUCAAAAUAACACAUGGAAAGGACAUUUCAGAGUUACCAAAGGGAAACAAAGAAGAUAGCCUGAAAAAAAUUAAACGGACACCUUCUGCUACAUUUCAGCAAGCCACAAAAAUUAAAAAAUUAAGAGCAGGUAAACUCUCUCCUCUCAAGUCUAAGUUUAAGACAGGGAAGCUUCAAAUAGGGAGGAAGGGGGUACAGAUUGUACGACGACGAGGAAGGCCUCCAUCAACAGAAAGGAUAAAGACCCCUUCAGGUCUUCUCAUUAACUCAGAACUGGAAAAGCCCCAGAAGGUCCGGAAAGACAAGGAAGGAACACCUCCACUCACGAAAGAAGAUAAGGCAGUAGUCAGACAAAGCCCUCGAAGGAUUAAGCCAGUUAGGAUUAUUCCUUCUUCUAAAAGGACAGAUGCAACAAUUGCUAAGCAGCUCUUGCAGAGGGCAAAAAAGGGGGCUCAGAAGAAAAUUGAAAAAGAAGCAGCUCAGCUGCAAGGAAGAAAGGUGAAGACACAGGUCAAAAAUAUUCGACAGUUCAUUAUGCCUGUGGUUAGUGCCAUCUCCUCACGGAUCAUUAAAACCCCUCGGCGGUUUAUAGAGGAUGAGGAUUAUGACCCUCCAAUUAAAAUUGCCCGACUAGAGUCUACACCAAAUAGUAGAUUCAGUGCCACAUCCUGUGGAUCUUCUGAAAAAUCAAGCGCAGCUUCUCAGCACUCCUCUCAAAUGUCUUCAGACUCCUCCCGAUCUAGUAGCCCCAGUGUUGAUACCUCCACAGAUUCUCAGGCCUCUGAGGAGAUUCAGGUACUUCCUGAAGAGCGGAGCGAUACCCCUGAAGUUCAUACUCCACUGCCUAUUUCUCAGUCCCCAGAAAACGAUAAUAAUGAUAGAAGAAGCAGAAGGUAUUCGGUGUCGGAGAGAAGUUUUGGAUCUAGAACAACAAAAAAAUUAUCAACUCUACAAAGUGCCCCCCAGCAGCAGACCUCUUCUUCUCCACCCCCACCUCUUCUUACUCCACCUCCACCAUUGCAGCCAGCCUCCAGUAUCUCUGACCACACACCUUGGCUUAUGCCUCCAACAAUCCCUUUAGCAUCACCGUUUUUGCCUGCUUCUGCUGCCCCCAUGCAAGGAAAGCGAAAAUCUAUUUUACGAGAACCGACAUUUAGGUGGACUUCUUUAAAGCAUUCUAGGUCAGAACCACAAUACUUUUCCUCAGCAAAGUAUGCCAAAGAGGGUCUUAUUCGCAAACCAAUAUUUGAUAAUUUCCGACCUCCUCCACUAACUCCUGAGGAUGUUGGCUUCGCAUCUGGUUUUUCUACAUCUGGUACUGCUGCUUCAGCCCGAUUGUUUUCACCACUCCAUUCUGGAACAAGGUUCGAUAUGCACAAAAGGAGCCCUCUUCUGAGAGCUCCAAGAUUUACUCCAAGUGAGGCUCACUCUAGGAUAUUUGAGUCUGUAACCUUGCCUAGUAAUCGAACUUCUGCUGGAACAUCUUCAGGAGUAUCUAACAGAAAAAGGAAAAGAAAAGCAUUUAGCCCUAUUCGAUCCGAACCAAGAUCUCCUUCUCACUCCAUGAGGACAAGAAGUGGAAGGCUUAGUACUUCUGAGCUAUCACCUCUCACUCCACCAUCUUCUGUCUCUUCCUCCUUAAGCAUUUCUGUUAGUCCUCUUGCCACUAGUGCCUUAAACCCAACUUUUACUUUUCCUUCUCAUUCCCUUACUCAGUCUGUGGAAUCUGCAGAGAAGAACCAGAGACCAAGGAAGCAGACUAGUGUUCCAGCAGAGCCAUUCUCAUCCAGUAGUCCUACUCCUCUCUUCCCUUGGUUUACCCCAGGCUCUCAGACUGAAAAAGGGAAAAAUAAAGACAAGGCCCCUGAGGAGCUGUCCAAAGAUCGUGAUGCUGACAAGAACUUGGAGAAGGACAAGAGUAGAGAGAGAGACCGGGAGAGAGAAAAAGAGAAUAAGCGGGAGUCAAGGAAAGAGAAAAGGAAAAAGGGCUCAGAAAUUCAAAGUAGUUCUGCUUUGUAUCCUGUGGGUAGGGUUUCCAAAGAGAAGGUUGUUGGUGAAGAUGUUGCCACUUCAUCUUCUGCCAAAAAAACAUCAGGGCGGAAGAAGUCUUCAUCACUUGAUUCUGGGACUGAUACUGCUUCUGUGACUCUUGGGGAUACAACAGCUGUCAAAACCAAAAUACUUAUAAAGAAAGGGAGAGGAAAUCUGGAAAAAAACAACUUGGACCUCGGCCCAACUGCCCCAUCCCCGGAGAAGGAGAAAACCCUCUGCCUUUCCACUCCUUCAUCUAGCACUGUUAAACAUUCCACUUCCUCCAUAGGCUCCAUGUUGGCUCAGGCAGACAAGCUUCCAAUGACUGACAAGAGGGUUGCCAGCCUCCUAAAAAAGGCCAAAGCCCAGCUCUGCAAGAUCGAGAAGAGUAAGAGUCUUAAACAAACUGACCAGCCCAAAGCACAGGGUCAAGAAAGUGAUUCAUCGGAGACCUCUGUGCGAGGACCCCGGAUUAAACAUGUCUGCAGAAGAGCUGCUGUUGCCCUUGGCCGAAAACGAGCUGUAUUUCCUGAUGACAUGCCCACCCUGAGUGCCUUACCAUGGGAAGAACGGGAAAAGAUUUUGUCUUCCAUGGGGAAUGAUGACAAGUCAUCAGUUGCUGGCUCAGAAGAUGCUGAACCUCUUGCUCCACCCAUCAAACCAAUUAAACCUGUCACCAGAAACAAGGCACCUCAGGAACCUCCCGUAAAGAAAGGACGGCGGUCAAGGCGGUGUGGGCAGUGUCCUGGCUGCCAGGUGCCUGAGGACUGUGGUCUUUGUACCAAUUGCUUAGACAAGCCCAAGUUUGGUGGCCGUAACAUAAAGAAGCAGUGCUGCAAGAUGAGAAAAUGCCAGAAUCUGCAGUGGAUGCCUUCCAAAGCCUAUCUUCAGAAGCAAGCAAAAGCUGUGAAAAAGAAAGAGAAAAAGUCUAAGACCAGUGAAAAGAAAGAGAGCAAAGAGAGCAGUGUUGUGAAGAACUUGGUGGACUCUAGUCAGAAACCUACUCCAUCAGUAAGAGAGGAUCCUGCCCCCAAGAAAAGCAAUAGUGAACCUCCUCUGCGAAGGCCUAUUGAGGAAAAGAGCGAAGAAGGGACUGCCUCUGCCCCAGGACCUGAAUCCAAACAAGUUACCACUCCAACUUCCAGGAAGUCCAGCAAGCAAGCCUCUCAGCCAGCACCAGUCAUCCCUCCACAGCCACCUAGCACAGCACCACUGAGAAAAGAAGUUCCCAAGACUGUUCCUAGUGAGCCCAAGAAAAAGCAGCCCCCACCGCAAGAAUCAGGUCCAGAGCAAAGCAAGCAGAAAAAAGUGGCUCCUCGCCCAAGCAUUCCUGUAAAACAAAAACCAAAAGAAAAGGAAAAACCACCUCCAGUCAGUAAGCAGGAGAAUGCUGGCACUUUGAACAUCCUCAGCACUCUCUCCAAUGGCAAUAGUUCUAAGCAAAAAAUCCCAGCAGAUGGAGUCCACAGGAUCAGAGUGGACUUUAAGGAGGAUUGUGAAACAGAAAAUGUAUGGGAGAUGGGAGGCUUGGGAAUCUUAACCUCUGUCCCUAUAACACCCAGAGUGGUUUGCUUUCUCUGUGCCAGUAGCGGGCACGUAGAGUUUGUGUAUUGCCAAGUCUGUUGUGAGCCCUUCCACAAAUUUUGUUUAGAAGAGAACGAGCGCCCUCUGGAGGACCAGCUGGAAAAUUGGUGUUGUCGUCGCUGCAAGUUCUGUCAUGUCUGUGGAAGGCAGCAUCAGGCUACAAAGCAGCUGCUGGAAUGUAAUAAGUGCCGAAACAGUUAUCACCCUGAGUGCCUGGGACCUAACUACCCCACUAAACCCACAAAGAAAAAGAAAGUUUGGAUCUGUACCAAGUGUGUUCGUUGUAAGAGCUGUGGAUCCACAACUCCAGGCAAAGGGUGGGAUGCACAGUGGUCUCACGAUUUCUCGCUGUGCCAUGAUUGUGCCAAACUCUUUGCUAAAGGAAACUUCUGUCCUCUCUGUGAUAAGUGUUACGAUGAUGAUGACUAUGAGAGUAAGAUGAUGCAAUGUGGGAAAUGUGAUCGCUGGGUUCAUUCCAAAUGUGAGAAUCUUUCAGGUACAGAAGAUGAGAUGUAUGAGAUUCUAUCUAAUCUACCAGAAAGUGUGGCCUACACGUGUGUGAACUGUACUGAGCGGCACCCUGCAGAGUGGCGACUGGCCCUUGAAAAAGAGCUACAGAUAUCUCUGAAGCAAGUUCUAACAGCCUUGUUGAACUCUCGUACCACCAGCCACUUGCUACGCUACCGACAGGCGGCCAAGCCUCCAGACUUAAAUCCUGAGACAGAGGAGAGUAUACCUUCCCGCAGCUCCCCAGAAGGACCUGACCCACCGGUGCUUACUGAAGUCAGCAAGCAGGAAGACCAGCAGCCUUUAGAUCUGGAGGGAGUCAAGAGGAAAAUGGACCAAGGAAACUACAUAUCUGUGUUGGAGUUCAGUGAUGAUAUCGUGAAGAUCAUUCAAGCAGCCAUUAAUUCUGAUGGAGGACAGCCAGAGAUUAAGAAAGCCAACAGCAUGGUCAAGUCCUUCUUUAUUCGGCAAAUGGAGCGUGUUUUUCCAUGGUUCAGUGUCAAAAAGUCCAGGUUUUGGGAGCCAAAUAAAGUAUCAAGCAACAGUGGGAUGUUACCAAACGCAGUGCUUCCACCUUCACUUGACCAUAAUUAUGCUCAGUGGCAGGAGCGAGAGGAAAACAGCCACACUGAGCAGCCUCCUUUAAUGAAGAAAAUUAUUCCAGCUCCCAAACCUAAAGGGCCUGGAGAGCCAGACUCACCAACUCCUCUACAUCCUCCUACACCACCAAUUUUGAGUACUGAUAGAAGUCGAGAAGAUAGUCCAGAACUGAACCCACCCCCAGGCAUAGAAGAUAAUAGACAGUGUGCAUUAUGUUUGGCAUAUGGUGAUGACAGUGCUAAUGAUGCUGGCCGUUUGCUAUACAUUGGCCAAAAUGAGUGGACACAUGUCAAUUGUGCUUUGUGGUCAGCAGAAGUGUUUGAAGAUGAUGAUGGAUCACUAAAGAAUGUGCAUAUGGCUGUGAUCAGGGGCAAGCAGCUGAGAUGUGAAUUCUGCCAAAAGCCAGGAGCCACUGUGGGUUGCUGUCUCACAUCCUGCACCAGCAACUAUCACUUCAUGUGUUCCCGAGCCAAGAACUGUGUUUUUCUGGAUGAUAAAAAAGUAUAUUGCCAACGACAUCGGGAUUUGAUCAAAGGCGAGGUGGUUCCUGAGAAUGGAUUUGAAGUAUUUAGAAGAGUGUUUGUGGACUUCGAAGGAAUAAGCUUGAGAAGGAAGUUUCUUAAUGGCUUGGAACCAGAAAAUAUCCACAUGAUGAUUGGCUCCAUGACAAUUGACUGCUUAGGAAUUCUGAAUGAUCUCUCUGAUUGUGAAGAUAAGCUCUUUCCUAUUGGAUAUCAGUGUUCCAGGGUAUACUGGAGCACCACAGAUGCUCGCAAGCGCUGUGUGUAUACAUGCAAGAUAGUAGAAUGCCGACCUCCAGUUGUAGAGCCAGAUAUCAACAGCACUGUUGAACAUGAUGAAAAUAGGACCAUCGCUCAUAGUCCAACAUCUUUUGCAGAAAUUUCAUCUAAAGAAAGUCAAAACACAGCUGAAAUUGUAAGUCCUCCAUCACCAGACCGACCUCCUCAUACGCAAACAUCUGGUUCCUGUUUUUAUCAUGUCAUCUCAAAGGUCCCUAGGAUUCGAACACCCAGUUAUUCUCCAAUACAGAGAUCCCCUGGCUGUCGGCCAUUGCCCUCUGCAGGAAGUCCUACUCCAACUACCCAUGAAAUAGUCACUGUGGGUGAUCCUUUACUCUCCUCUGGACUUCGAAGCAUUGGCUCCAGACGUCACAGUACUUCUUCUUUGUCACCCCAGCGGUCUAAACUCCGGAUAAUGUCUCCAAUGAGAACUGGGAGUACUUACUCCAGGAAUAGUGUUUCCUCAGUCUCCACCAUAGGGACCACUGCAGAUCUUGAGUCAAGUGCCAAAGCAGUCGAUCAUGUCUUAGGGCCACUGAAUUCAAAUACUAAUUUAGGGCAAAACACUCCCACCUCUUCAAAUUUGCAAAGGACAGUGGUUACAAUGGUCACUAAGACCAGUCACUUGGAUGGAUCUUCAUCUUCAGAAGUGAAAUAUUCCAGUGCUUCAGACUUGGCAUCCAAAAGCUCCUCUCUAAAAGGAGAGAAGACCAAAAUGCCAAGUUCCAAGAGUUCAGAAGGAUCUGCACAUAAUGUGUCUUACCCUGGCAUUUCUAAACUGGUCCCACAGGUUCAUAAUACAACAUCUGGUGAAUUAAAUGUUAGUAAAAUCAGCACUUUUGCUGAACUCUCUUCAGUACCGUUUUCUUCUAAAGAGGCUCUCUGCUUCCCACCACUCCAUUUGAGAGGGCAAAGGAUUGAUCGAGACCAACAUACAGAUUCUAACCAACCAGUGAACCCCCUUCCCAAUGAAGAUACUGAAGUCAAAACCUUGAAGCUACCUGGGGUGAGCAACAGAUCAUCUAUUAUCAAUGAACAUGUGGGAUCUAGUUCUAGAGACAGGAGACAGAAAGGGAAAAAAUCUUGUAAAGAAACUUACAAAGAAAAGCAUUCCAGUAAAUCUUUUUUGGAACCUGGUCAGGUGACAACUGGUGAGGAAGGAAACCUAAAGCCAGAGUUCGUUAACGAAGUUUUGACUCCUGAGUUUAUGGGGCAACGACCAUGUAAUAAUGUUUCUUCUGAUAAGAUUGGGGACAAAGUUCUUUCUAUUCCAGGAGUCCCCAAAGCUCUGUCCAUGCAAGUAGAAGGCUCUACUAAGGAAUUACAGACACCCAGGAAACGCACAGUCAAAGUAACACUGACACCUCUAAAAAUGGAAAGUGAGAGUCAGUCCAAGAAUACCCUGAAGGAGAGUAGUCCUGUUUCUCCUUUGCAAAUAGAGUCAGCAUCCCCAGCAGAACCGAUUUCAGCCUCUGAAAGUCCAGGAGAUGGUCCAGUGACCCAACCAAGCCCCAAUAAUACCUCAUCCCAGGAUUCUCAGAGUAACAACUAUCAGAAUCUUCCAGUACAGGACAGAAAUCUAAUGCUUCCAGAUGGCCCCAAACCUCAGGAGGAUGGCUCUUUCAAGAGGAGAUACCCUCGUCGCAGUGCCCGGGCACGUUCUAACAUGUUCUUUGGGCUCACCCCACUCUAUGGGGUGAGAUCCUAUGGUGAAGAAGACAUUCCAUUCUAUAGCAGCUCAACUGGGAAGAAACGAGGCAAGAGAUCAGCUGAAGGACAGGUGGAUGGGGCUGAUGACUUAAGCACUUCAGAUGAAGAUGACUUAUAUUACUACAAUUUCACUAGAACAGUGAUUUCUUCAGGUGCAGAGGAACGUCUGGCAUCCCAUAAUUUGUUUCGGGAGGAAGAACAGUGUGAUCUUCCAAAAAUUUCACAGUUGGAUGGUGUUGAUGAUGGGACGGAGAGUGAUACUAGUGUCACAGCUACAACAAGGAAAAGUGGCCAGAUUCCAAAAAGAAAUGGUAAAGAAAAUGGAACAGAGAAUGUAAAGAUUGAUCGACCUGAAGAUACUGGUGAAAAAGAACAUGUCAUUAAGAGUUCUGUUGGCCACAAAACUGAGCCAAAGAUGGAUAAUUGCCACUCUGUAAGCAGAAUUAAAACACAGGGACAGGAUUCCUUAGAAGCUCAGCUCAGUUCAUUGGAGUCAAGUCGCAGAGUCCACACCAGCACCCCCUCAGACAAAAAUUUACUGGACACCUAUAAUACUGAGCUCCUAAAAUCUGACUCAGAUAAUAACAAUAGUGAUGACUGUGGGAAUAUCCUGCCUUCAGACAUUAUGGACUUUGUACUAAAGAAUACUCCAUCCAUGCAGCCUUUGGGUGAGAGCCCAGAAUCUUCUUCAUCAGAACUCCUGAAUCUUGGCGAAGGCUUGGGUCUUGAUAGUAAUCGUGAAAAAGACAUGGGUCUUUUUGAAGUGUUUUCUCAGCAGCUGCCGACAACGGAACCUGUGGACAGUAGUGUCUCUUCCUCUAUCUCAGCAGAGGAGCAGUUUGAGUUGCCUCUAGAGCUACCAUCUGAUCUCUCUGUCCUGACCACCCGGAGUCCCACUGUCCCUAGCCAGAAUCCCAGUAGACUUGCUGUAAUCUCAGAUUCAGCAGAGAAGAGAGUAACCAUCACGGAAAAAUCUGUGGCAUCCUCUGAAGGUGACUCAGCACUGCUGAAUCCAGGAGUAGAUCCAACGCCGGAAGGCCACAUGACUCCUGAUCAUUUUAUCCAAGGACACAUGGACGCAGACCACAUCUCUAGCCCUCCUUGUGGGUCAGUGGAGCAAGGUCAUGGCAACAAUCAGGAUUUAACUAGAAACAGUAGCACCCCUGGCCUUCAGGUACCUGUUUCCCCUACUGUUCCUAUCCAGAACCAGAAAUAUGUGCCCAAUUCUACUGAUAGUCCUGGCCCAUCACAGAUUUCUAAUGCAGCUGUCCAGACCACUCCACCUCACCUGAAACCAGCCACUGAGAAACUCAUUGUUGUUAACCAGAACAUGCAGCCACUUUAUGUUCUCCAAACUCUUCCAAAUGGAGUGACCCAAAAAAUCCAGUUGACCUCUUCGGUUAGUUCUACACCCAAUGUGAUGGAGACAAAUACUUCAGUAUUGGGGCCCAUGGGCAGUGGUCUCACCCUAACCACAGGACUAAAUCCAGGCUUGCCAACUUCUCAAUCCUUGUUCCCUCCUGCCAGCAAAGGGUUGCUCCCCAUGCCUCAUCACCAGCACUUACAUUCCUUCCCUGCAGCUACUCAAAGUAGCUUCCCACCUAACAUCAGCAGUCCUCCUUCAGGCCUACUUAUUGGAGUUCAGCCUCCUCCAGAUCCCCAACUUUUGGUUUCAGAAGCCAGCCAGAGGACAGACAUCAGUACCACAGUAGCCACUCCAUCCUCUGGACUCAAGAAAAGACCUAUAUCUCGUCUACAGACCCGAAAGAAUAAAAAACUUGCUCCCUCUAGUACCCCUUCAAACAUUGCCCCUUCCGAUGUGGUUUCUAAUAUGACAUUGAUUAACUUCACACCCUCACAGCUUGCAAAUCAUCCCAACCUGUUAGAUUUGGGGUCACUUAACACUUCAUCUCACCGAACUGUCCCCAACAUCAUUAAAAGGUCUAAAUCUGGCAUCAUGUAUUUUGAACAGGCACCCCUGUUACCACAGAGUGUGGGAGGACCUGCUGCCACAGCAGCGGGCACAUCAACCAUAAGCCAGGAUACUGGCCACCUCACAUCGGGGCCUGUGUCUGGCUUGGCAUCCAGUUCCUCCGUCUUGAAUGUUGUAUCCAUGCAAACCACAACAGCCACUACAAGUAACGCAUCAGUUCCAGGACAUGUCACAUUAACCAACCCGAGGUUGUUGGGUACCCCAGAUAUUGGCUCAAUAAGCAACCUUUUAAUCAAAGCUAGCCAGCAGAGCCUGGGGAUUCAGGACCAGCCUGUGACUUUACCGCCAAGUUCAGGAGUGUUUUCACAACUGGGGACAUCACAGACGCCUACUGCUUCAAUGACAGCAGCAUCUAGUAUCUGUGUCCUACCCUCUACUCAGACUAUGGGCAUAGCAGCAGCUUCACCUUCUGAGGAAGCAGAAGAACACUAUCAGCUUCAGCAUGUGAACCAGCUCCUUGCCAGCAAAACUGGGAUGCUUUCUUCCCAGCGUGAUCUUGAUUCUGCUCCGGGGACCCAGGGAUCCACCUUUUCCCAGACAGUAGAUGCUCCUAAUAGCGUGGGGCUAGAGCAGAAUAAGGCUUUAUCCUCAGCUGUGCCAGUCAGUUCAGCCUCUCCGGGGGGCUCUCCAUCUGGACAGCAGUCAGCAAGCUCCUCAGUGCCAGGUCCCACUAAACCCAAACCAAAAAUCAAGCGGAUUCAACUGCCUUUGGACAAAGGAAAUGGCAAGAAGCACAAAGUUUCCCAUUUGCGGACCAGUUCUGAAGCACACAUUCCAGACCAAGAAGCCAACACGACAUCCCUGACCUCAGUCACAGGGACUCCAGGAGCAGAGGCUGAGCAGCAGGAUACAGCUAAUGUGGAACAGUUAUCACAGAAGGAGUGUGGGCAGCCUGUAGGGCAAGUGGCUGUUCUUCCUGAGAUUCAGACAACACAAAAUCCAGCAAAUGAACAAGAAAGUACAGAACCUAAAACAGUGGAAGAAGAAGAAAGUAAUUUUAGCUCUCCACUGAUGCUUUGGCUUCAGCAAGAACAGAAACGAAAGGAAAGCAUUGCUGAGAAAAAGCCCAAGAAAGGACUUGUUUUUGAAAUUUCAAGUGACGACGGCUUUCAGAUUUGUGCAGAAAGUAUUGAAGAUGCCUGGAAGUCAUUGACAGAUAAAGUCCAGGAAGCUCGAUCAAAUGCCCGCCUAAAGCAGCUCUCAUUUGCAGGUGUUAAUGGUUUGAGGAUGCUGGGGAUUCUCCAUGAUGCAGUUGUGUUCCUGAUUGAGCAGCUUUCAGGUGCCAAGCAUUGUAGGAAUUACAAAUUCCGUUUCCACAAACCAGAAGAGGCCAAUGAACCACCCUUGAACCCUCAUGGCUCAGCCAGGGCUGAAGUCCACCUGAGGAAGUCGGCAUUUGACAUGUUUAACUUCCUGGCUUCUAAACAUCGGCAGCCUCCUGAAUACAACCCCAAUGAUGAGGAAGAAGAGGAGGUACAGCUGAAGUCAGCUCGGAGGGCAACUAGUAUGGAUCUGCCAAUGCCCAUGCGUUUCCGGCACUUAAAAAAGACUUCCAAGGAGGCAGUUGGUGUCUACAGGUCUCCCAUCCAUGGUCGGGGUCUUUUUUGUAAGAGAAACAUUGAUGCAGGUGAGAUGGUAAUUGAGUAUGCUGGCAAUGUCAUCCGUUCCAUCCAGACUGAUAAGCGAGAGAAGUAUUAUGACAGCAAGGGCAUAGGUUGCUACAUGUUUCGCAUUGAUGACUCAGAGGUAGUGGAUGCCACCAUGCAUGGAAACGCUGCACGCUUCAUCAAUCACUCAUGUGAGCCUAACUGCUACUCUCGGGUCAUCAAUAUUGAUGGACAGAAGCACAUUGUCAUCUUUGCCAUGCGCAAGAUCUACCGAGGGGAGGAACUCACUUAUGACUAUAAGUUCCCCAUUGAGGAUGCCAGCAACAAGCUACCCUGCAACUGUGGCGCCAAGAAAUGCCGGAAGUUCCUAAACUAAAGCUGCUCUUCUCCCCCUUUGUUGGAGUACCAGGACCUAGGGCCAUCCAAAGCAAUGCUGAAGGCCUUUGCCAGCAGCUAGGAGUUCCAGGAUUGAGUGGGCACAGUUGCGGGGCCUCCAUGAUGGCUGAGCUCCCUUAUGUCCCAUAUUCACAGUAUACAUGUGAUCAUAAUCCUGGAGAGAGGCCUGAGAUCGGCUUUCUACUGGGGCUCCUCUGAUUAUAUGCCAUUAAAAAGUGGGAAACGGGGUCCCUAGCAGACCUGCCUAGAAGGAGCCUAUUGAGGAUUAGUUAUGUUGGGAGAUCGGGCCUGAGCAUCUCCUCAGAGAGAAGUUGCCAUCCUUGCCUUGGUCCUUUCCCAAGCACUAUAAGCAAGGAGUCAGGCAAAGCCCCAAAUAUAGGGUUGGUUGGAUACUUGAUAGUUUGUCAGCCAGGCCCAGCCUGUAGCUGUCUGUUGAACAAACAGAGAAGGUCUGGUGGCGUUCCCUACUAUCCUCCCACUUGAGAGUUCACUUCUGGUUGGGAGACAGGAUUCUUAGCACCUUUGGUGUCAAAGGGCUGUCUUGGGGUUGUGCCAAUUAAUUACCAAACAUUGAGCCUGUGGGCUUUAAGCGGGAGUAUUAUCCCCAUGAGCCUUAUCUCAGCCAAUUACUUUUCUUAAUAGAAGCGGCUUCCCUCUCAUUCCUUCUCUUCACUCCACUUUAUUCAUUUUCCCUGUUUUUCAUCCCACCGCUUUCCCAUUCUUCUGGGUGGUAGGAAAAGUGACUCCCUGCUCAAGGACACUCCCUAUUGGGCAUAGCAUGUGCCUACAAAAAUGUUCCCUGAGCCUGUAAGCACUCCCAGUGGGGAAGUGGACAGGAGCCAUUGGCCAUAACCAGACAGAAUUUGGAGAAGUUUUUAUAAAGCUCCACUGAGAGUUUUAAAGAAAUAUACGUGGCAUGAUUUUUUAGAAGAGGAAGAGAUUAUUUAAAUAGGAUUUGAAUCAUGCAACAGCCAGAGUAUCACAACCAGGAUAACCCCUGGGCCCCAUGCCUAGGGCAUAGUAACUUUAUUUUCCUUAAGACAUAGGAAGACUUAAUUUUUAAACGGUCACUGCCCAGUUGAAGGCACAACACUAAUCAGAUUUUAAGGCCCAAAACUCGGGUAAUAGACCACCUUGUAUCGAGGGAACUCUGCCACCUACACAAAAUCCAUGGAUAUCGUAAAUUAAAUGACACUACUGCCCUGAUUACUCCUUAGAUGUGGUCAAAACAGGAUCAAAUGUUUCUUCUCUUCCUUCCCCCAAGACAGUGUCCUGAACCUGUUAAAUUAAGUCAUUGGAUUUACUCUGUUCUGUUUACAGUUUACUAUUUAAGGUUUUAUAAAUGUAAAUAUAUUUUGUAUAUUUUUCUAUGAGAAGCACUUCAUAGGGAGAAGCACUUACGACAAGGCUAUUUUUUAAAUCGCGGUAUUGUCCUAAUUUAAAAGAAGAUCGGUUUUUAAUAAUUUUUUAUUUUCAUAGGAUGAAGUUAGAGAAAAUAUUCAGCUGUACACACAAAGUCUGGUUUUUCCUGCCCAGCUUCCCCCUGGGAGGUGUACUUUUUGUUGUUUAAUGUGUAGCUUGUUUGUGCCCUGUUGACAUAAACGUUUCUUGGGUUUGCUCUUUGACAAUAAAUGGAAAAGGAAGGUCA